AUGUGGGCUCAGGCUGAGCAGGCCACCUUCUCUCAGCUCUCAGGGUCCAACUUUGCUGUAAAGAACCUCAGACUUCCCGCAGAUUUCGUAUGGGGUGCUGCUACCGCCGCUUACCAGAUCGAAGGGGCCGCUGCCCAGGAUGGCAAAGGCAAGUCGAUCUGGGAUACAUUCUCGCAUCUCAAUCCGUCGCGGACCAACGGUGAGAAUGCCGAUGUUGCCUGCGACCACUACAGCCGAUUUCAUGAAGACGUCAAGCUGAUGAAAUCACUUGGCAUGGAAACCUACCGCUUCUCUAUCGCCUGGUCUCGGGUCAUCCCCCUGGGCGGCCGCAAUGAUCCUGUCAACGACGCUGGUAUUGCCUUCUACAACCGCCUGAUUGAUGCCCUACUGGCCAACGGUAUCACACCUUCAGUCACUCUCUAUCACUGGGAUGCCCCCCAGGCGUUAUAUGACCGGUACAGAGCGUUCCUCAACACGACCGAAUUCCAGGCGGAUUUCAAGAGAUAUGCGCGCCUGUGUUUUUCGCACUUCGGUGACCGUGUUAAAUCCUGGGUCACCUUCAACGAGCCCUACAUCAUUUCCAUUUUCGGACACCUCAAUGGAAGCCUUGCUCCCGGGCACUGCGCGGAGGCUGGAACCGAUACCAAGACAGAGCCUUGGCGAGUUGGACACACCAUCAUUCUUUCCCACGCUGCGGUUGUCGACCUGUACGCGAAAGAGUUUCAGUCUUUGCAGAAGGGAAAGAUCUCCAUCGUCCUCAACGGCCACUUCUAUGAGCCUUAUGACGCGACCAAUCAGGCAGACAUCGACGCUGCCCAGAGGCGCCUUGAGUUUUAUAUCGGUUGGUUCGGCGACCCGAUCUUUUUGGGUAAAGAUUACCCGUCUCCUAUGAGGGAAUAUCUUGGUGCCCGGUUACCGAGUUUCACACACAAGGAUUUUCAGCUCCUUCAAGCCACAUGCUCUAUCAAUGCCUUCUAUGGCAUGAACCAUUAUUCAACAAAAUUCGCUCGUCAACUUACGGAGCCAGCAGCCCAAGACGAUUGGACAUGUAAUAUUGAAGAGUCGUCUAUAAAUAGCAAAGGCGAAGAGAUUGGGCCCGCGUCAAGCAUGCCAUGGUUACGGGUGGCUCCGAACGGGUUCCGAAAGCUGCUCUCCUGGGUCUGGGACAGGUAUCGCCUCCCUAUCAUGGUGACUGAGAACGGCUGCCCAUGCCCUGGCGAGAGUGAUGUCAAGAUUGCGGUUGACGACCGAUUCAGACAGAGAUACCUAGGUCUAUACCUGGACUCCAUCUCCCAAGCAAUCUACGAGGACGGCGUCAAGGUCGAGGGCUACUAUGUCUGGUCUCUUUUGGACAAUUUUGAAUGGUCUUCCGGCUAUGGUCCACGAUACGGAAUCGUCCACGUCAACUUCGUCAAUUUAAAGAGAGCUCCUAAAAAUUCGGCUUACUACCUCCAAGAGACCUUCAAAAAUCGCAGAAAGCCGGAGGGUGAAGUGCAAAGCAAGCAGACUUGUGCGACUUGAUAUGUUGAUGAAUACGCCUUGGAAUCCAAUCGAGAUAGGAUGUCCAGCACUAUCAUGAAGUCACCGCGGGCCCUGGGCGCAAGUGUCGACGGCUCUUGGAUGAUGGCCAGCAAACUGGUGCCGAC